UCCUCCUCCUCUUCCUAUACUCCGCUCUCUGACUCCGCGGCUCCUCAUUCACUAGAAGAUGGCGGACUGCGCCCCACUAUUAGAUGAGGAACUCUCGUCCUUUGUCUUCAAUUACCUGACAGAAAACUCCGGCAGCCAGUAUGGGGAGGAGGAGGUGUGUUCGGACCGUUUGGACACUGACUUCCCGGACAUCGACCUCUCCCAGCUGGACACCAGCGACUUUGACAGCGUCAACUGCCUCAGCGAGCUACAGUGGUGCAAUGAUCAGCCAGCGGACGCAUCACCGGCCUCCAUCCACUACAGUACAGCAGAUGAGCUCUUUGAGAUAGAAGAGGAGAAUGCGGCUCUGCUCGCCGCUCUGACAGACAGUCUGGAUGGCAUGGUGGAUGCAGAGGUGGGCGGGCUCUCUGUCUUCCCCACCCUCGGGGAGGAGCCUGACCAGGAAGAGGAAGAAGAGGACAGUCUUCCUCUCAGUGCCGAGGACAUCAGCCAGUCCCUGGGGGCCGAGACAAAGGACCCACCUCUACUGAUGACGCUGCUGCUGACUCCUCCCAACGUGCCCACGGGCAACGACGCACACAAAGAUAGAGUCCACGGCCAUCGCUAUAGCAACAGAAGCCUGCACCUACGGCCUGUCAGACCUCUGGUCAAGAGUGACCUCUGUCAGGAGCGGAAGCCCCGAGCGGUGCGUCCAGCAGGCCGCCUGUGCACCGAGCUCCACCGCCACCUCACCACCGCCCGGGACUCAGAGGACGCCCCGGCUGCCGACACAGAGGAGGACGAAGAGGAAGAAGAGGAUGAGGACAGUGAGUCGGAGGAGGAUGAAGAGGAGGAAGGGGAGGAAGAAGAGGAGGAGUCUUCCAGCAGCGAGGUGGAGGGCGGGGCGGUCGUGGCUGCUGUCCCCGCUGAACCAGCCAAGCCUCAGUUCAGCUCAGAGAAAGAACUGCACUCAGUGGUGGAGCUGAUCACGUACAUGCACACCUACUGCCUGCCCACACGCAAGCAGCAAGGCUGGGAGCGUAAGGACCGUGACGUCCCGAGGCCUCGGGCCAGACCUGAGGCCUCCCGCCUGGCCACCACAAACUCUCACAGCAGAGUUGUCUUGGUGGCUACUCCCGGAACUAGUGGGGGCUUAACUGGGACAGGCAGCAGCAUCCCCAAGAGGCUCCCCUUUGCAAGGCGAAGGGAGAUGAAGGCCAACUCCCUUCUCCGUGAGCUCCUGCAGCAGAGCAGCUCCUUCGAUGUGAGCAAGCCUUACAGACUGCACAGCCCUCCCUACUCCCACUCCCACAGCCCCAACAGAGUAGGAGUUUGUGCUCCUUCUGCCUCAGCUAAAUCAGCCCCAACCCACUCCCCCAGCUCCACCACCCCUAAGCUAGAGCUUCGUAAAGACUCUUCCUCCCCUGAGAGGAGAAGCCUCUCCUCUGAGGCACCUCAGAGCCCAGAGGAGACAGCAGAGGACAGCGGCUCUUUCUCGGUCCGGCGCUCCCGACGCCUGGCCUCCUUCCCCAGCCGCUUCGCCAAGAGGCUGCGGCCUGCACGGGUGAGGGAAGCAGAGGGGAAGGACAAGGAGGCGAAAGAGGAGGGACAAGCAGGGGUCAAACUCCUGCCGACCCAAGCAGGAGGGGUGACGACGACAGAGACGCAGCCAGAGCAGCUAACGCCAGGCAGCGGCAGCGCUGGUACAACAGAGCAGACCAAACCUUGCUGCCACAAUGAGAAGCGCGCCUGCCUCUGUCUGCCUCUCAACCCCAAGUCCACAGGAGAGUCCCAGUACAGCACCAAGCCUUUCGAGCAGACGCUCAGUGUGGAUCUGUGUGGAACAGCAGGUCUCACCCCUCCCACCACCCCGCCUCACAAACCAGUGGAGGAUGAGCUCUUCAAACCGGCAGAUGGAGGAAAGGGAGGUGAAGGAACGUGUGGUGGCAGUAGUGGGGAUGGUGGAGGAAGUGGCAGCGAGUCCUCAAGCACCAACACCAGUGUUGCCACGAAGGGCUCAUCCUGGCUGAGCCGCGCUCAUCACCAGCGCAAGCUUCCACAGCAGACAGAGUUGUACGCCCAGCUGCGGCGCAUGGGCCAGGCUGGUGACAGCGACACCCACCGCACCUUUGGUGACCACGACUACUGUGCGCUGAGCCUCGGGGAGAGCCGCAAGCGUAGUGCCGCCAUGCUGGGCGCCAUAUUGCAGGCGCAAGGAGGGAGCGAUGGAGUUGGCACCUCAGCACCCAAAGCAGCUGACGAUCAGGUAGCGGAUGGAAAUGGAAAGGAGAACAGCGAAAGGCUGGUGGUGUCAGAGGUUGCAGAACCGCUCGAGCAGCAGACGACGCCAGUGGUGAUACCGUCAACGGCGCCGUCGCACUGCCAGUCGGCAGCUGCCACACCACCGGCCUCAGAGGAAGAGGCGGAGCGUUCGUGUGCAUCUCGCUCACCCUCGCCUAUCCUCCACCUGUGUCCCGACUCCCCCGCUAGCAAGACAGACUCCAGUGAAAACUCGGAGAUCUGUCCCGACGACGAACAGAGGAACAAAGCCAAGUCUGACGAGGACAACUGCCAGGUGUUUUACAUCCACAACCUGCCAACCAGCGUGACCCAGAACAUGCUGAGGAAACGCUUCCAGGUUUUCGGCAAACCUGAGGACUGCAAAGUCAUCAUCUGCAAUGAGGAGCGCUGUGGGGUGAUAAAGAUCCGCCAGUCAGGGGUUCAGAAGCACUGGAGAGAACAGGAAACUGUUUUCCAGAAUGGACCUGCAGGCCUACGGAGGCUGACAAGGAAACGCUACAUAGAUCUUGAUGAGGCCGGCCCGGGCCCCGUCAAGAGCAAGUACGAUGCACUGGACUUUGACACUCUGCUGAAGGAGGCCCAGAAGUCCCUGCAUCGCUGACAGCACGGCACCCCCUGACUGGCCAGCCUUAGUAAACUGCAGCAACACCCCUCCAACUACACGGCUCUGCCCUAAGACAGGCCUCUUAGUACCUCCAUGCAAGGCGACCUCGCAAAAUGUUUACAUUUUUACCAUUGGAAUAAAGUAACGAUAAGGACCUCGUUGUUUUUUAAGUUUCUUUCACCGGAGGAUACUGCUUAAAAACGAGGAAGCCACUGGGAGUCCAGAGGAGUUAAGAGACCAUGGAGGAAACAGGACUUUUAACAGCAAUGGUACAACAACAAAAACGAUAAAUGAUUCAGUUCUCUGCUGAACAACAAUAACAAAACCGUCUGUGUUGGUGACAUCAUUGCCCAGCUUGGAAGAGCGGGCAUGAGAGACCUCUGUAGCAAAUCCUUGCUAUUCCUGCGUUGCGUUGGUCGUCGUGGUGUGUGUUUCUGCGUGUGCGUGUUCUAUGUUCUGUUUGUUUUGUAAAAAAAAAUAAAAAAAGAAACCCCUACCCUCUUUCCGGUUACGGGUGGUGAACCUGCAAGCUGUGUUCACCAUGAAGUUGUGCGGUUGUAUAACCAGAACAAAAAAAAUUCAAAUAAAAAAAAUAACCCUGCUUUGUUUUAGCGAAAAUUGUGGAUGUUAUAAAUUUCAAAAUCUGUUGUGUGUGUGUUAUGGACAAAGAAUAUAAAAAAACAUUUAACGUAAUCAUUUGAUGACUGAUAAAGUUUACAAAUCUAAAAUGAAGAAGAAAAAAAUCAUGUUUUUUUCUUUUUUGUAAUUGUAGUGCUUCCUUGAUUUGAUCUAUGCACUGUAAGGAGGUAAAUGUCUCCGCUGUCCUCCACUGUCCCACUUUGAAUCUAAUCUCUAACUCUGCCAUGCUGACUAUUUUGGCUUCUGCUACUGGCUGCUGAGGGCUCUGUUUGGUAGGCGUUUUAUACAUCAAGGCCCCCAAUUACCCAAUUAGGUUCUGGGAAAAAGUUUACCUCGAAAUGUUUCCAUUCCACAAGUACAUAAGUAUUUAUUGGAAAAGCACUUAAAGUAAAAACAAAAUGCCCAUUAAGUUCUGCUGUACUUUUUAAAAAAUUCUAUUAUGUGACUAUAUUAUACAAAGAACUUUCAAGUGUGACUGAAUGACCACUGUCAAGAUUAAAGCAAGUUACAGGAUUGGCCCUAAAGUUAGAAAUAAGGGGUCUUAAGUUGAGGGGGAAAAAGGGGGGCGGCCCAAUUUGUAAAUAAGGGGCCUAAAGUUGAAAAUAAGGGGACUAGGGUUGGAAAUAAAUGGCAUGAAUUUUGAAAGAAUGGGUCUAAAGUUAGAAAUAAGGAAUCUAAAGUUAGAAAUAAGGGGUUUAAAUUUGGAAAUAAGGGGUCUAAAGUCAGACAUAAGGUUUGGGUUGGGUUAUAACAGUAGCUGGGUAAGAGUAGGGUCACGGUUGUUCCAAAAUGGGUUUUUACGUGCUUCAUUUGUUGAUUCCAGGUAAUUUUUUCCACAUCUAGGGGGGUCUUGAUGUAUCUUUGAUAGGGUCCCACUGAACAUGUGUCCAAUAAAGGCUGCAGCCUAAUGACACCCCCCGCAUGCCACAGCCAAUGCAAAACUUACUGUUUACAUUUGGACUGCAGCAAGCAGGACUAAAAUGGGGAAAUAAAGAUGGUAGCCAUGACGCUUUUGUACCAUACUUAGUUCACUGCUGAGCUCUGUAUGAAUCCAUCACAUCCGCACUUAAUCCAGAUCAUUCCAGUCCAAUCUUCUUUCACAUAAAGUCCAUCAGUCAUCACAGGGCAAAGUACUGUAAAUGGAAUUUUGAUUGUCCAGGAAUCCCUUUUUUGUUUUUGGUGACCUUUACAUUGGGUCAGCUUGACAUUUGAUUUCAAAGUGCAAUGGAGAACAGUAUCAAUUUGCUCCCCAUAAUCCAUCCGCUGCCAUUGCCAGGAGCAGACGAAUCUGUUGGUUCAGAUGGAAUGUAUUCAAGAACCUGAAUGUAAUCAUCAUGUUUUCCCCAUUCCUGCUUGCCCAAAGAUUGUGGAGUUUUAUGGUGCUUUAAAGGUAGAGGUUGCUUUGUCGUCUGGUUGACUGCAUGUGAAAGAUCACGGCUUGAAGUGCAGUCUGGGUAGCGCCUAUUUUACAAUCCCGACUCAGCCAGUAGCACCCGCCGUGAAAAUAAGGGAGAGAGCCUCCAAACCUGCCAAUCCGGUGGCACCAAACCUACACAGCCAGGGAACGAGCGAGGGAUGGGCUUGAAAGUAAUGGAAAGAGCAAUCGGCCGAGAAUCAGGUUUCUCGUCCGGGAGGUACUGUAUCAGCUGAGCAUCUCUACCUCACAUCCAUCCAUCCCUCCCUGCUCCCCCUGUGUUUUUAUUUCCUCCUUCGACUGGAUGCUCUCCCCCAGCCUCUUUUGUAAGUCUCUUACUUUGUUGGGGUUUUUUUGUCAGAAAUGUUCUUUGCGUGAGGGUUUCUCCAACUAAUGGGCGGUUAUGGGUAGUUGGGGGUUUGUGUUUGAUUUUUUUAUACAAUGACUCCUCCUACCACUAAACCCCUUGCGAGGGGAAUAAUCUCUCUCUGUCUCUAUCUCCUCCUUCGCUUGCCUCAUAACGGUUUUUAGCGUGUCCGUUUCUUGGAGUCUCGACUGUGUGUCCUUGUGUAACUGAGUGUUUUGUCUUUGUCUCGUGUUUGAGUCGGACACUGCUGACGCUUGCAGGUCGGUGAGGACAGGUCAGGAGGGGUUGAACGGUGGCUCAGAGGUUGGCUGGUCCUUGAGUGCGCUUGGAGGGGAAGACUCCCCUGAAUUUCUUGUUUUAUUCAGGGACACGCCAAUCGUCCUGAUUCCCCCUGUCCCUCCUCUCCUUGACUGGGAACUUCAAUAAUCCGCAGCCCGGCUCCCUAUCUCUCUCUAACUUUAACUCUAUCGCUUUCCGUCUCUCUUGUGGGUUCAAGACCUUGUUUCCAGGUCUUCCCCAAAGCCUGGUGAACUCCCUGCUUUUUAACAGAUAAUAAUCCCUCUUCCCCGUCCUCUUCCUCGACCUUUCUCUAUCUAAUCAACUCCUUGGUAACACACACAAAAAAUUGAAUGUUUACAUCACUCGAUUCUCCUUUGACUUUAUUAGGAACGCACACUAAGUACAAAGGCGCCUUAUUCAGUGUUUAAAGAAAAAAAAAAUAACAGCAAAGGAAGUAGAGGCCUAGCGUUACCUUCUCCAGGCUCACUGAUGUCCAAAACUAACAAAACCAAUUUAGUGCUAUACAUACUGAUUGAGAAACACGGUUUAUAAAAAAAAGGAUUAAAAAAAAAUACAUUUCAACAACUAAUCUCAAACAACUGAAUGAGUAUUUGUGCUUAGUAUGUAUACUACUAAAAAGUGAGAGAAUGUGCUGGUUUACAUAUUAAAAAAAAAGAAAUAUAAUAUAUAUGAAUAUAAAAUGUGUAUAUAGCACUAUGCCUCGUUGUAAACAUAAAAUGUAUUGUGUGUUUUUUUUGUUUGUUUUUUUUUAAGUGGCGGGUCAUAGUUGAUUGCUAAUCAGUCGAUAGAUGGUCAGGUCGGUUUAGUUCUAAUGUUUGUUCAGUACAGGGAGGAAAUGAAGGGAAAAUCUGAAAUAACUUCACACAAAGUCCAACACUGUUUAAAAAGAAAGACAAAAAAGAUCCAAGUAUCCCUUUAGACCAUCACACUAGAAGGUUCUAUUUCUUUGCUGUUUAUAAAAUGACUAAAUAUUUUUCAAUGUUUUCUGUUUUCUUAAAAAGCAAUUUGAAAUGCAAUACAUAAUAAUCUUAUCUUUAAGACAGCCUUUCCGAAAAACUGAGGUAAUAACGUAAGGGUGUAUGGUUGGUUGUUGAACUACAACACGGGCAAUCUUUGAGCUGCAGAUUCAAUAGGCUACUGUACUGUAUGUAGACUGCUGUUAAACACAAAAAAAAUUAUAAAAACAAACUACAGGAAGAAUGUGGUUAGUCGCGUUGUCAACACAUAACACGUAUACAGAACGAAUCGUACUAUUAUACUCUUGCACAAAUAACGUCCCAAGUAGUGAAAUAUCCUCACAAUGUUUUCUUCUCAUUGAAAGGAAGCCGUUGUAACUAUGUUAUCACCACCUUUUGAUGGUGCACAGAUUUGUUCAAAUCUGAGUUGCAUUCAGCACUUACUCGUAUAUCAGUUAACAGCCAAUAACUAUACUUGUAUGACUCUGGUAAAGGAAUGUGGGAGGGAUGAAAAG